UUCGAAUUUGACCAAUCAGAUCCUUGUCUUCAAACAAAGGUCGAAAAUGAAGCAUCAGCAGGUGAGCGUGGAUUACUGGGCGAUGUUCAAGAGCAUGGCGAUGUAUGGGGUGCUGACAGUCUUGGGGUGGAUGAUGCUGAGGCUGUUCAAUGCUGUGUUCUCGCUACCAAGGAGGUUGAGGACUCAGCAGGAGAAUAUACAGGCCACGUUGGAGGAGUUUCAGAGACGGUAUCCAGACCUAAACGUGACAGAAGAAGACAUAAAGAACGCAGAAAAGGAACUAGAAGAAUGGAAUAAAGAAAUGGAUGAAAAACUCAAAAAAGAUAAUGCUAAUGAAGAAGAUGAAGAAAAAAGUGAGAAACUACCAGCUGUCGAAGGUUCAGACAAGAAAACUAUAUAAUUGUAUGAAGGUCUUUUCUUUUCAAGGCUACUCGUAAUAAGUCUUAAUGUACCAGUAUAAGUUGAUACGCCUCUCUAUGAAACUUGCGCAAGAAAUAGGUUCAGGUGAAAAUGGUUUGUAUAUGAUGGGUUUAUAUUGAUUACUAUUGUUUACGAUUGAUAAAGGUAUUGUGUAUUGAAUGAAUGUUUUAGUAUGAAUAUGGAUUUA